CUCAGUUUCGCCCAGGCGCUGCGGGGUUUAUUAGCCCGGGUGGGGCAGCGCCAGCGAUCGCAGCGGGAGGAGCAGCGGUAGCGGCCCCAGGUGGGUGUAACCGGAGACGGGAGGCGCGGCCAGGCCACUACCUGCGGAACCCGUCGGGCAGCUCAGCCAGUGACUGGGAGCGGUUCCCCGAGGCGCACACACAGGUCGCUGUUCCGCAGCUACAGGGCCAAGCGCUCCGGACCCCCCCGCCCGCCAUGGAGCCGCUCCGCGGGGCUGCGCUGCUGCUGCUGCUGGCCGCCGUGUGCUGGGCUCAGCCGGACCAGGGUUGUACAUGUGCCAAAAACAAACGCACAUUCAACUGCAUUAGGAAUGGCACUAGCUGCUUGUGCACAUCCAUUGGGUCAGAAGUGUCAGUCAGGUGUGACACACUGACUUCAAAAUGUCUGCUGAUGAAGGCAGAAAUGGCUGGCUCGAAGUCUGGUCGUAGGAGGAAACCAGAACAUGCAUAUGUAGACAACGAUGGCAUUUAUGAUCCUGACUGUGAAAACAGUGGCAUCUUCAAGGCUAGGCAGUGCAAUGGAACUUCCUGCUGGUGUGUGAACACAGCUGGAGCAAGAAGAACUGAAAAGAUUGACACAGACUUGCAGUGCAGUGAACUAGUCAGAACAAGCUGGAUCAUCAUUGAAACAAAACACAGUGAGAGAAGUACAGGUGUGGAUGCUUCUCAUUUGAAGGAAGCCAUCAAAAAUGAAUUUAAGGAGCGUUACUUGCUGGAUCCAAAGUAUAUAAGUGAUGUUGUGUAUGAAAACCCUUAUAUCACUAUUGAACUGAAGCAAAAUGUUUCCCAGAAGUCUGCUCAGGAUGUGGAUAUAGCUGAUGUGGCUUACUACUUUGAAAAAGAUGUCAAAGGUGACUCUCUAAUUCAGAGUGGCACACUAAACAUAAACAUCAGUGAAGGACCUCUAAAAUUUGAUCAAGCUCUAAUCUACUAUGUUGAUGAAAAGCCACCAGAGUUUUCCAUGAAACGUCUGACUGCUGGUGUUAUUGCAGUCAUUGUAGUGGUGAUACUAGCAAUUGUUGCUGGAAUUAUUGUACUGGUUAUCACUAGGAAAAGGAGGGGCAAGUAUGAGAAGGCUGAGGCAAAGGAAAUGAAUGAAAUGCAAAGAGAACUAAACCCAUAACUGAAGUCACUAAAGACAAAUCGUGAACUAUCAAGAAGGCAAACAGAACUAAAACAAGACUAGAAGUGUGGAUUUAAAUUUUGUAUAUGUUUGUGGUCUACGGG